CUGAAGCUUUUUAUUCUCGCACUGUACAUUUUCCACGAAAGCCUGGCUGGAUUGGACCGAUCCGCCUCCGACAACAGUUGAUUACUAAAUCGGCAUUUCUGAUAUUCACUGUCGUUUUUUCUUCUUCUUCUUCUUGUCGGAUCCUGUUUUUUUAUUCCCACAUUAUUGUUUCGGUUACUUUUUCUCCUUUUCUAUUCCGACUGGAUUUACUCAGGGCGUGUUUGGGAGCGAUCUGGACCGGGAGUUUCAUCUCCUGUACUUGUGCGACUGAGGAAUGACAGCGACUGGGAAUCGAUCCGCCUGAAUGGAAACGAUGGAUUAUAAAGAGCUGGGACACCAUUUCGAAGAGAAGCUGACCCUCACAGACAAAUCUCUUCCUCUGCAGCUGUCCAUCCAGAAUGGGGACAAGACUUUGGGAAAGGACCCUCUGACCUCAGACGACUCGGCCGUCACGGACCUCUCCCCCAAAACAGACUCCAGCCCCAUAACGGAGACCCCCACCAAGACAGAUGCCUCCUCCAAGACGGACGUGGGGCCCUCGACCCCGGGCGGCAGCCCUCAGCCCAAGAAAGAUUCGGUGAACUCAGAGCAACGACAGAAACUUGCCAAGGAGAGGCGGGAGGAGAGAGCCCGAUACAUCGAACAGCAAACUCAGCUGCAAGCGGUGAAGAAGGUGCAGUGGCUGGAGAAGGAGGAGAAGGCCCGCCGCCUGAGGGAGAGCCAGCUGGAGGACCGCCGGAGGAAGCUGGAGGACCAGAGGCUGAAGACGGAGAAACGCCGCGCUGUGCUGGAGGAAAAGCAGAGACAGAAACUGGAGAAGAACAAGGAGAGGUACGAGUCCGCCAUCAAGAGGUCGACGAAGAAGACGUGGACCGAGAUCCGCCAGCAGAGGUGGUCCUGGGCGGGCGGACUCAACCAGACCUCCCGCAGAGAAAGCAGAUGCUCGGCCUCCACCGUCAACUUGCCGAGGCAGGUGGAGCCUGUCAUUAACAACAGGCUGUCCAAGUCCUCUGCCACGCUCUGGAACUCCCCCAACAGAACCCGCAGCCUGCGCCUCAGCCCCUGGGAGAGCCGCAUCGUGGAGCGGCUCAUGACGCCCACGCUGUCCUUCCUGGCCCGCAGCCGCAGCGCCGCCACCCUCCUCAACAACAGCGACUCCCGUGAGUUCUCCGCCAGCCCGCUGAACGCCGGCUCCCUUCACCACCCGCACCAGAACGCCGAGCGCUGGAGGCUCUCCUCCGCCAGCACGCCGGACAUCACGCAGCGCCAACGCCGGCGGAACUCCACACCGGUGGACAAAAAGAAGAAAGAGAAGAAAGACAAGGAGAGGGAGAAUGAAAAAGAGAAGAACGAGCUCACAAAGGACAAAGUGCCCAAGAAGAGACCGCUGACAUCGCCCGCCACCACGACCCAGAGAUCCAAACUAGAGACCAGCACUGCGAAGCCCAGAAACAGACCUCAGUCACCGGCCGCCCCCAAAAGUCGGCCCCUGUCCCCCCUGGUGCCGGCGGCGGCCUCCAAGACCCCGACGGGCAAGAAGACGUCCCCCUCCGGCACCAAGACCCGGCCCAAACGAGCCCAGACGCCUGUCAGGGUGCAGCCGCAGGCGAUUGUGGAAACGCGCCGCGAACCCCAGCAGCCCGGCGCUCCGGAGGAGAAAAAGAACUCCGGCGGCGUUCCCGCCAUCGUGGUGUCCUCUGCGCCGGUUACACCGCCGGUCCUCAGCCCGGCGGGGGCCUCAGGGGCCUCAGGGGCCACUCCAACUGCUCCCGCCGCUAAACCUACUGCUCCUCCCGCCGCCGCGAAGCCUGCUCCUUCUGCUGCUCCCUCCUCCACCGGCCCGGCGGCACCGUCCGGCAGGCCGUCGGUGGGCACCAACAACCCGGAGGAGGCGGCUCGCAUCCUGGCAGAGAAACGCAGGCAAGCCCGGGAGCAGCGGGACAAGGAGGAGCAGGAGCGCCAGGAGCAGGAGCAGAAGAACAGGGUCCUCCGGGAGGAGGCGAUGGUCCGGGAGGCGGAGGAGACAAAGCGCAGGAAGGAGGAGGCCCGGUUCAUGGCCGAGCAGCAGCAGCUCCGGGACGAGGCCCAGCAGGCGGAGGAGGAGAAGGAGGCGCAGGAGAAGGCCGUGGCCGAGCAGGAGGAGAACGAGAGGCAGCAGAAGCAGAGGGAGGAGGCCGAAGCCAAAGCUCGCGAGGAGGCCGAGCGGCAGCGCCUGGAGAGGGAGAAACACUUCCAGAAAGAGGAGAAGGAGCGCCUGGAGAGGAAGAAGCGCCUCGACGAGAUCAUGAAGAGGACGAGGAAGAGCGACGCGGGAGAAAAGAAGGAGGUCAAAGCUUCUCCGCAGGUCAACGGCAAGGAGGCGGAGCCCAGCACGGCGGCAGGGAACCCGCAGGGGGGCCCCGGUGCGACCGCGUCCGGCCCCGUGGCGAACGGCGUGCAGCCCGCCGGCAGCGCCGCUCUCCAGAACGGCGUCUCGGCCAACGGGCGAGCGGCCGACUUCGAGGAGACGGUCCAGGUGCCUCCGAGCGGUCUGCCGGGCGGCGAGCCCAUCCUGCCGUUCGAGGGCGGCGAGCCCUUCCUGAUGAAGACGGGCCCCAUGAAGCCUCAGCAUGUCGCAGAGGUCCUGUGAGCCCUCCCCCUCCCCCGCGAAACAUCUGCAUGGAGACGCGCGCCUUAUGUCUCCGCUCCGAGCGAUGACGUUCAUGCCCCCACCGCAGCGGCUUGCGAAAAACAAAACAAAAUCGUGUGUGCCAAAAAACAAACAAUGAAGUUACGCUGAGUUCCCAUCACACGGUCUGUGUCGCAGGAGGACGAGGAGGAGGAGGAGGAGGAGGAGGAGCUCUCAUCCUGAAAAUAUAUACGGCAAACAAAGUAUUCUCUGUCUCCGCCGCGUGUCCCGGUGCAGCGUCUGUCAAGUUUUAUUGAAAUGUCACAUGCAGAUUUUAAUGGCGCACCUUAAAGAUGACUGACUGUGUAACACAUUUUAGAAAUAUACAUAAUAUUUGACAAUGGUUGUUCUUAUUACCGUCGUUGCGAUAUCGUUCUUGUUAUCUUAAGUUGAACAGUGUGUGUGUGUGUGUGUGUGUGUGUGUGCGUAUGUGUGUGUGUGUUGUUUUCGUCUUGUUGAGUUAUUUAACAUGGGGAGCGUCGUCCGGACCGGCCACAGACAGUGUGUGUACAUGUGUAAUGAGCCCGGCUGCCUCGGCCUCCUGUUACAGGGGAUCUGUGAAAUAAAGCUUUAUGAAAGGGA